UGUCCCCUCCCGCCGCCAACAGCGCUACUGCCCCCGCCCCGCCCCGCCGAGAUGUUCCCCCCGGACUCGAGCUGGAAUAUCUCUUUCGCGGGCUGCGGCUUCCUGGGGGUUUAUCACAUCGGCGUGGCCAGCUGCCUCCAGGAGCGGGCCCCCUUUCUGGUGGCCAAUGCCAAGACCAUCUAUGGAGCCUCGGCUGGAGCCCUCACGGCCACAGCACUGGUUGCCGGAGCCUGCCUGGGUGAAGCUGGUGCAGAUAUCAUUCGUGUCUCAAAAGAAGCUCGGAAGAGGUUCCUGGGCCCGCUACAUCCCUCCUUCAAUUUGGUGAAAACCAUCCGGAGCUGUAUGUACAAGACCUUACCAGAGAAUGCGCAUGUGGCAUCUACAGGACGCUUGGGCAUCUCGCUGACAAGAGUCUCUGAUGGCGCAAAUGUUAUACUGUCAGAGUUUCAUAGUAAAGAAGAGCUUAUCCAGGCCUGUGUUUGCAGUACUUUUAUUCCUGUGUAUUGUGGUCUGAUCCCUCCAAGCCUACGUGGAGUGAGGUAUGUUGAUGGAGGGAUUUCGGAUAACUUACCACAAUAUGAGCUGAAGAACACGAUCACUGUGUCUCCGUUCUCGGGUGAGAGUGACAUCUGCCCCAGGGACAGCUCCACAAACAUCCAUGAGCUGAGAGUCACCAACACCAGCAUCCAGUUCAACCUUCGCAACCUCUACCGCCUCUCAAAGGCCUUGUUCCCUCCAGAGCCUCUGGUGCUGCGAGAGAUGUGCAAACAGGGCUACCGGGACGCACUGCGGUUCCUGAAGAAGAAUGGUCUUUUUAAUCAGCCAAAGCCUACAGGUCCACUACUUGCCAUCAAAAACUCUGCAGGGGAGGAGGGUGCAGAAGAGGAGGAAAUCAGCGCUGAGGACCAGAUGGAAGAGGACUCUGCCCUAGCUGUUGUUGAAGAUGAUAUCUUCGACCACUUGCCACCCAGAAUGAACCAAGCCCUUAUGGAGGUUUGUGCUGAGAGAGGGGGCCGGUUUACUUCGGUUUCUAAGCUGCUGCCUGUGCGUGUGGUCUCUGCCAUGAUGAUCCCAUACAUGCUGCCUUUAGAGUCUGCCAUCUCCUUCACAGUCAGGCUCCUGGAAUGGCUGCCAGAUGUCCCUGAGGACAUUAGGUGGAUGAAGGAACAGAUGAGUAAAGUCUGCAACUAUCUCAUGAAGGAAGCCAAGAAGAAGCUAGGCAACCAUCUCUCAGCCAGGCUUUACUACCACCUUGAGCUCCGAAGGACCCAGAGCCUGCCCAUCCCACUGUCCUCUGCCUGUGGUGAGGCACUGCCUCAGUGGAUGCGAAGCAACCUCUCAUUGACAGACGUUAUGAUGAAGUGGGAGGAGUACCAGCGCCAGCUCAUGCUGGGCUUGCUCUGCAUCAAUGUGAACAUGCAGGCCUCCAUAUUCCCGCAAGAAGGGCUGAAGAUGAGACCCCCAGUAGUAGGCUAUGUGCAAGAGAGCCUUCCACUCUUCUGAGUUCACUGCUGCCACCACGGGGUGGGGGGGAGGGAGCAGAGGGGUGGGCAGCAUCUGUGAUGCACCUGGCAACCUGCCACCUUGGGGCCAUUAUUACCCUGCAGAGGGGACUUCCUGUAAACGAGAAGACAGUCAGUGGAAUGAAACGUAGCUGAUUUGCCCCUUGCCUUGCUGUUAGCAUGAUCAUGUUGGCUCAUGAUAACCACUUAGAGACAUGUAUCAGCACCCAACAGGGAGGUGGCAGUGACUUCUUUUGGCCACACCGUAGCAAUUCUAGCUGGGCUUCUUUGGGAGACGUACCUGGAACUGCUGGGUUUUUUCUUUCAAGUAGUUUAGGGACCUAGUUGGUGUUCUAGAAUGUUUUUGUUUGCUUGUUUUAAUUGACUGAUUUUAAUUAUUUAAAACCCAUUUGAUGUCCUUUGGCCCUUCGCUGUGUUAGCAAAAGGUAGAGCAGCCUGCAGUGCCAAACGAGCCAUCUGGUUAGCCUGGAGCCUACCCCUCAGGUCUCCUUUUUUUUGGAGCCAAAGUUCUUUUUACCUCUGUCCAUGCUCCUUAUCCCCUCUUGAAGCCAACUCCAGUCUUGUUGCUAUCAGUACAGAUUUCACUGGAACUGGAGAAUUGCAGGAGUCAACCUGACACUCAUGGUUACUCCAGGCUUCCUUAAUUUCUUCUCCUCUGUCUCUCUCUUGUUUCCAUCUCUUAAGGGGUCUAUGUCAAGCCUAGCUUUUGGAGGCCUGACGUCUAUCUAUAUAGUGCUAACACUAGCUGGGAUGCUUCCCUUCCCUCUUCCCCCUCCUUCUCCCUGUCCCCAAGAAGUUGGAUAACAACUUCAGAGUUUGUUUUCAAAGUCAUUUUGUGGGAUUUAGAUGCCCAGUUUCCACUAAUUUUGAAUUGAAAUAAUUUUGAAAAAUUCCCACCUUGCUUCCCAGUGUGGGCUCAACAGAUGCCGGGGGGGAGGGGGAAAGGAUAUGAAGGGCUUGUAAGGUGGCAGAAAGUGAGAUUGCAUUGUGCAUGCUUCCAGGUGGUUUGUGGUGGGAUGGUGCAGCAGGUUCCCAGCAGAUGGGUAUCUGAGUUGAGAGGGGGCCAGGUUCAGGUUUCAACUCCAAGGGACCAUGGAGUUAGGGAACUUUGAAACCAAACUUAGUGCUGGUGCAACAGAACGGAACUUGACUGAAGUCAGUGUCCAUGUUGGUGAUGAACAUGGACCAUAGCAGUGAGGUAGACAGCACUCCACCUUUACAGGUGUGACCUGCUUGCUUUACAUGUUGACUGAUGAUGGUGGUGUCAUGAUGGAUAGCUAGGAAGAACGAGCAGGAGGAAUGAGGAAGCUGUGGAGCGAAGCAAGUGCCUUCAUACAGCCUACUGCCUAUUUUGUUACUUAAGACGAGUCAGUGGGAUUAUACUGGGGCUGAACUCUGCUCGCUGUUUCACUUGCCUUUUCAUUGGUGCUCACUUGAAAUGUCUAUCCCAAGGUAACCCAUUAACCUUAUGCUGCUUGUGUGCUUACAGCUAAGCUAUUUGGCACAUUCUCCCUGAGAUGCCUGUCUAGUUUAAACAUUGACUAGCUUUGUAAAUGCAAAAUGGCCUCAUUUUUUUUUUUCCCUAAGGCUGAGGGAUGACUUCUGGUGGGAACUGCACAUACCACAAGCCAAAAUCCCUCAUCUUCUGACCAUCUGUGAUGCACAAACCUUCCAGAUGGCUUUAUCUUCACAAUGCAUCUGGCUGUGCACGGCUUUUUUCUACCUGUCCUAGCGCAAACAAUCUUCAGUAGGCCAAAGCAAAUGCAUGUGUUCUUUGCAGGGGAACAGAAUGGGGAAGUCUCAAGUUUUAUAUUUAAAUAUAUACCCAGAAUCAUGACCUUUUUUGUAAAAGGUCCUCGAAUGUCACUGUUUAUAACUCUGGUGGCACGCGCUAAGUAAAUAACUGAGAGCUUGGAGAAGGAGAGGACAUAGUCCAACAGAUCACAUGUGUUCUGGACACUUUAAGAAAUGGUAGUUUACUUUCAAAAGGUGAAGGGGUUUUCUUUUUGGCUUUUUUUUUUUAGCGGCAGUGGCCUCUACACUUGAGGUGGGUGUGAGUUUGAUUCAAAUGAAGAGCAUUCCUAGGAAUGACCUACAUUCCUACAAUUUCUGGCAGGAAAUGGUCAGGUGCUUGACUACUUGUCACAGAACUCAUUCUGUAGUAACCAGAUGACUGUGGGGAGCCUUGGCAGUAAGGGCCUGGUGGUGGUUGAUCUGUCUGUUCCCACAAGACUUUGGUAUGGAAACAAGCUUAUGUGACUUGGAACGUCAUUUUGCCAGUCUUGAAUUUGACACUAUGUACAGAACAGAAGUGCCUGAAGAAUUGAUUAAAUGAACUUGGUGUUUCUCU